UAGGUCAAUCCACAGCCAUUUCUACACUCUUUAACACUCUACAAACUAUAACAGAGAGAGAGAUUGUUCGCUUCGAUCUUUAGUAAGGGACGAGCUAAAGCUUACAGAUCUUAAUCGGAGAAAGAUGCAGCCGUACGGUAUCCAAUCGAUGCUCAAGGAAGGCUACAGACACCUCUCGGGUCUAGACGAAGCCGUCAUCAAAAACAUCGAAGCUUGCAAGGAGCUCUCCACCAUCACCCGCACCUCUCUCGGCCCCAACGGGAUGAACAAGAUGGUUAUAAACCAUUUAGAUAAGCUCUUUGUCACGAACGACGCUGCGACGAUUGUGAACGAGCUCGAGAUUCAGCACCCUGCCGCGAAGAUUCUUGUUCUAGCUGCCAAGGCUCAGCAAGAAGAGAUCGGGGACGGAGCUAAUCUGACGAUCUCCUUUGCUGGGGAGCUUUUGCAGAAUGCUGAGGAGCUUAUUAGGAUGGGGUUGCAUCCGAGUGAGAUUAUCAGUGGAUAUAACAAAGCUAUCGUUAAGGUUGUUGAGAUUCUUGAGCAAUUGGUUGAGAGUGGUUCUGAGACGAUGGAUGUGCGUAGCAAAGAUGAAGUUGUUUCGAGGAUGAGAGCUGCUGUUGCUAGCAAGCAGUUUGGUCAAGAGGAGAUUUUGUGUUCCUUAGUUGCUGAUGCUUGUAUUCAAGUCUGUCCCAAAAAUCCAACGAACUUCAAUGUGGAUAACGUCCGUGUUGCCAAGCUUCUUGGAGGAGGAUUGCACAACUCUUGCAUUGUCCGUGGCAUGGUUUUGAAAAGUGAUGCUGUUGGGAGCAUUAAGCGAAUGGAGAAGGCAAAGGUUGCUGUGUUUGCUGGGGGCGUUGAUACUACUGCAACAGAGACUAAAGGAACUGUCUUGAUCCAUAGCGCUGAGCAGCUAGAGAACUAUGCAAAGACAGAGGAAGCUAAAGUCGAGGAGCUGAUUAAAGCUGUUGCUGAAUCAGGAGCUAAAGUAAUUGUUAGUGGUGGAUCAGUUGGAGAAAUGGCUUUGCAUUUCUGUGAGCGCUACAAGAUAAUGGUCUUGAAAAUUAGCUCAAAGUUUGAACUCAGGCGUUUCUGCCGUACAGCUGGGGCUGUCGCUCAUUUGAAACUGAGCCGACCAAGCCCUGAUGAUCUGGGUUACGUUGAUUCCAUAUCAGUCGAGGAGAUUGGUGGUGUGACAGUAACUAUUGCAAGAAACGAGCAAGGUGGUAACUCAAUCUCUACAGUUGUUUUGCGUGGAAGCACGGAUAGCAUCUUGGACGACCUUGAAAGAGCUGUUGAUGAUGGAGUUAAUACAUACAAGGCUAUGUGCAGAGACAGCCGUAUCGUUCCUGGGGCUGCAGCUACUGAAAUUGAACUGGCACAGAGAUUGAAGGAAUAUGCCAAUGCAGAAACAGGGUUAGACAAAUAUGCCAUCACCAAAUACGCAGAGAGCUUCGAGUUUGUACCCAAAACCCUUGCAGACAACGCUGGCCUCAAUGCGAUGGAAAUCAUUGCCUCUCUGUACACCGGACACGGAUCUGGAAACACAAAGCUAGGCAUCGACUUGGAGGAAGGUGCUUGUAAGGAUGUCUCAGAUACAAAAGUGUGGGAUCUUUUUGCAACCAAGUUAUUUGCUCUGAAGUAUGCUUCCGAUGCUGCAUGCACGGUGCUUCGCGUAGACCAGAUUAUAAUGGCGAAACAAGCAGGUGGGCCAAGGAGAGACGCUGCACAAGCAGCCGGUGCAGGCGCAGAGGAAGACUAAGCUGUAGAACCAACAAGUACCUCGUAGUGAAACUCUUUUUCUGUAACCAUUUUUUUAAAUUCUGGGAAAAUUUUGGUAUGUCUCAGUAUGAGGUUGUGAUCUUGUGUACACAACACCAGCUUAAGGUUUUGCCUUUUGGUUUGCAAUGUUGGUUUGUUCGGGCUUAAAAUUUCCCGGUUUAGCUAAAUUGGAUUAUUGCGAAAGUCUUUUUUUUUUAUAUUAGUCAAUGUUAAGACUUCGAUUCGGUUCGA